AGGGCGCAUGCGUGCUGUGCGGCGCGGGCUAGGGCUGGUGGGGCUAUGGCUGCUGCGGGGUCCCUGUCUGGAGUGUCUCUGCGAGAAGCCACUCAACGAAAAUUGCGAAGGUUUUCAGAGCUGAGAGGGAAAUUUGUGGCAGCUGGAGAAUUCUGGGACAUAGUUGCAAUAACAGCAGCUGAUGAAAAACAAGAACUUGCUUAUAAGCAACAGUUGUCAGAAAAGCUGAAAAGAAAGGAGUUACCUCUUGGAGUUCAGUAUCAUGUGUUUGUUGAUCCUGCUGGAGCCAAAAUUGGAAAUGGAGGAUCAACACUUUGUGCCCUUCGAUGUUUGGAAAAGCUAUAUGGAGAUAAAUGGAAUUCUUUUACCAUCCUAUUAAUUCACUCUGGUGGCUACAGUCAACGCCUUCCAAAUGCAAGUGCUCUGGGGAAAAUUUUUACUGCUUUGCCUCUUGGUAACCCCAUUUAUCAGAUGUUGGAAUUAAAAUUAGCCAUAUACAUUGAUUUUCCCUUACAUAUGAAUCCUGGGAUUCUGGUUACCUGUGCAGAUGAUAUUGAACUUUAUAGUAUUGGAAAAUCUGAGUUUAUAAGAUUUGACAAACCUGGCUUUACUGCUUUAGCUCAUCCUUCUGGUUUGACUGUAGGUACCACACAUGGAGUAUUUGUCUUAGAGCCUUUUGAUUAUUUAGAACAUAGAGACCUUGAAUACAGGUCCUGCCAUCGUUUCCUUCAUAAGCCCAGCAUAGAAAAGAUGUACCAGCUUAAUGCUGUGUGUAGACGUGGGGGAUUUUGUCUGCAGGACUCUGCUGGGGGUGACAGUGCCUAUUUGAAAUUAGGCUCUGAUUAUGUGUACACAGAUAGCCUGUUUUACAUGGAUCACAAAUCAGCAAAGAAAUUGCUCGCUUUUUAUGAAGAAAUAGGUACACUGAACUGUGAAAUAGAUGCCUAUGGUGACUUUCUUCAGGCUUUAGGACCUGGAGCAACUGUGGAAUACACCAGAAACACAUCAAACGUUACUAAAGAAGAGUCAGAGUUGGUGGAUAUGAGGCAGAGAAUCUUCCAUCUUCUUAAAGGGACCUCACUAAAUGUUGUUGUUCUUAACAACUCCAAAUUUUAUCACAUUGGGACCACUGAAGAAUAUUUGUUUCAUUUUACUUCAGAUAGCAGUUUAAAGUCAGAGCUGGACUUACAGUCUGUAACUUUUAGCAUCUUUCCACAAAUACCAGAACAUUCUGGUAAAAUCUGUAUCAUCCAAAGUAUACUGGAUUCAGGAUGUUCUCUGGCACCUGGCUCGGUUGUGGAGUAUUCCAGAUUGGGGCCUGAUGUUUCACUUGGGGAAAACUGCAUUAUUAGUGGUUCUUACAUCCCAGCAGAAGCUGUCCUGCCUGCACGUUCUUUUGUGUGUUCCUUAAGCUUGAAGAUGAAUGGAUGCCUAAAAUAUUCAACUAUGGCAUUUGGAGUGCAAGACGACUUGAAAAAGAGUGUUAAAACACUGUCAAAUAUAAAGUUACUUCAAUUCUUUGGAGUCUGUCUUCUGUCGUGCUUAGAUAUUUGGAAUCUUAAAGUUACAGAGGAACUGUUCUCAGGAAACAAGACACAUCUGAGUUUGUGGACUGCUCGCAUUUUCCCAGUUUGUUCUUCUUUGAGUGAUUCAGUUACAACAUCUUUAAACAUGUUACAUGCUGUUCAGAACAAGUCAGCGUUCAGCCUGAAUAGUUAUAAGCUAUUGUCCAUUGAAGAAAUGCUUAUCUACAAAGAUGUAGAAGACAUGAUAACUUACAGGGAGCAAAUUUUUCUAGAAAUUAGUUUAAAUAAAAAGCAAUUUGAUUUGGAGAUACCUUAAAUUUUAUAUACUUAUCUUUUCUUUGAGCAAGAUUCCUAAUUUAGUAGUUUUCUGUAGGAAUUUUUUUGAAAAGAAGUGAAUUAAUGAAAACUGUAUAAUUAACUGUAGUGCAACAUUAAUAAUACAAAAGAGCCAUUUUUUGAUGGAAGAAUAUUUCCAGACUAAAUUCUUAAAAGGUACUUUUUGGAUGUUUAUCACAUUCCAUAUCCAUUAAAAAUGAUAGCUUUAUAGAACAUUGUUUUGUUCAUAUAGUAAAGUAGUUUAAGAGGAAAUUUUCUAAGUAUUUUUGAAGAAUUUUUCCAUCUUCUUUGGAUUUUGGUUCCAAAUAGGUUUUAAAUAUUUAUUAGCGAUCAUCUCCUCAGAUGUCGUUCUAUUUUGAUAAAUUAAUAAAAAUGGCAUGUCUAGGGUUCAGAAUGCUAUACAAAUGUUAUAGAAAUAGUGCUUUAGAAAUUUAUAGCUGACAAGUUGAGAGUGAAUCAAUGCUUAAUACAUUUUGAUUAUUCUAGAUAAAUCAUUAAAUACAAAGAAUUCUAAAAUUUAUGGUAGAGAUUUAUCUCUCAUUAAUUGAUCUUACCUAAAUAAAAUAUGAAUACACGUGAAUAUGUGUUUGUAUAUCUCAUAAAUUUUCUCCAAAUCUAUUCCAUGGGAAAAUACAAACAUAUACACACAAAAAAAACUCAAGUUAUAUGUGAGGAAGGUGGUAGGAAUAAUUGAGAUUCAUUGAUACUCACUUCAUUUUACUGUGGACCUUUAUUUCAUCAUUUCCUAUUAAUCCCUCUAACACAAAACUUAAAUUUGACUGAUUUAACUUCAGUUCUUAUUAUCUGCCCACUCACUGGUGACAUUGACAAGCAAUGAUUGGCCAAAAGGUAGACAACUGGAGCAUGGCAGAAUAGAAAAACUGAGGUAAUACAUACAUGAUUAACAAUUUCAAGAAAAUAAACACUGUCUGCAAUCCCAAAUUAAGUGUUUCUACUUUGUUAUACGCAUGUAAGUGAAAUGUCUUCAUAUCAAAAUCUAACAAUUAGGAGAUUUGCAAAGAGUUUCCUGUUUUAAGUUAACAUGAACAAAUUGAGAUAACUGAUCUGUGCCACUUUUAUUUAUAUAUUAGCAUGUCAAUGUAAAAAUAAUUUGUAAAUUGGAAGUAAUUUGUCUUGCAAUCCUUCAAUUAUGGGGUGUAUGUGUGUUUCAAGUUUCUUUCCAAGGAAAAAUAAAAAUAUAAUUGUUACUGUUUAACAUUUAUUGAUUUACUUACAGAGCUUUCACAGGACGUUAUAUAUUUGUCAUUCAUUAACUGUUCAAUAUGUAAUUUUAUCUAAAGUGCCGUCAGUUAUAAGAAUCACCAUUAUUUUGUGUUCCAGAGUAAAAGAAAACACUGCAAAUAAAAUAUACAGUGCUUUGUUACUUGAAAUAUGUAUAUUAAUUGGAGAUCUUUUUAGAUUCAUUUAAACGUAGAUUUGUAUCAUUUAACCCUGUUUCAUAUUCAUAUAAGUCAACAAAAAAGUGUAAUAUUUAGAUAUC